AUGGUCACCCACAUGAAGCCACCAUUGCGCCGCAUGUACAACGUUACCCAAAGACUGCUGAUCUUUGCAGUGCUCUUCCUCAAUUCGUUCAUUGAUCUUGCCACUAUCGAUGGUCACGUCCUUCCACGUCCUCUCAUCAGCACCACUAGCAGCAGCAUCCCGGUACGUAACUUUUCCACCGCUGGCAGUGACAAUAUUGCUACGAUCACCACCGGCGCUACCACUUCUGGCAGUUCUACGCCCUUCGACGUUUCCGGUUUCGCCUCCACGGGCGCCCCAAGCACCCGCGAACGUGUUGCGGUGUUGCCGUUCGUGCGCACACAGCCCCCAGCCCCAGCUACGACCGACAAUCAGCAUACCGAAGGCGAUCCGCACAGUGACAUGCUGAACAACACAGCCGGCCGGGUUUUGGUGGUUGCACCUGAAAACUUUUCCAUCGACAAGCUACGCCAAGGAUUUCACAACUUUGUCAAACUGCUGCAAACUAACCGGCCACCGGUGGCGGCGAGCGACAGCGACGACGAGAGCGACAAUCUGACGCGUUCUCGCUUCGACAAGCUGAUCCAGUUCCGGGCCUGGCGCGAUAUGGUUGCGUUCGAAAGUUGGCUGGACGAUCCCGCAUUUGCGACCGUGGUUUAUAUGUCGGACGAAAGUGACAGCUUCAUCGGAUACUGUGACAGCCUAUCGACACACUUAUCAACCGUCUACCGGAAGCUGGUGCUCUUUUGGCCUUGCCCAAGGAUGAAGGCGACGGAAAAGUUCAUUCCCUCUUACGAAACAGUUUCGUUCGCUGUGAAAAGCAUCGCGCAGCAGCUUAAUUGGACCGAAGCGAUCCUGCUAGCGACAGAUGCCAACCGUGCAUUAUCGCUUGCCUUAGCCAGUAAUCUACACAUACCCUACACGAUAGCAAUGGACCCAUCCAGCAUUCCCUCCACCUUUAACGAUAGCAAUGGAAAAGUGGUAAUCAUCUGUUCGCAAAUCAACUCACCACAAACAAUCAGCGUAAUCAAUCAACUUAAGCAGUACAGCAAAACGAAAAUCCUGCUCGUCGACAUGGUGGGAGCCAUUUUCAACAGUAACAACGUGCUGUACCGCCGCCUGGCCGAAGCGGACGAAUCAUUCGGUGCAGCGCUUCGCCAUCGGCGCAACCUGCUCGUGCUGACAAUAUUGACCGAAAAUUUUCGUUCCUUCCUGCAUCGUAUGCACGGUGUCGAUCUGGGCGACUAUAAGCAUAUCAGCGAGAAUUUGCUGAAAAUACGUUUGGCGGAAGAAAUCCCCAUUGAUGCGCCAUCGUUUGAUAGCGACGAUGAAGGUGAAGGUAGCGAUGGUUCUAACUCAACAAAGGACAGUAGCGUUUCCCACCUUUACCCAUCGUAUGACGACGAUUCGACGGUGCCGGACCACGUGCAGCAGCUACAACCCCACCCACCGGAGUUGCUGCUGGAGCUCCUAAGCCUGGCCGCGAACGGGACGAACACAUCGCAAAGCUGCGACUUCCAUUACUUUCUCAGCCACGUCGCGAACUGGUACGAAAUUCUCUCGCAAACGUUCGAUUCAGCGCGCUGCCAAACACUAUUUGGCAGCUAUUGUGAAACGAGCGUGAGUCACGGUGCCGGCGCGACCUAUCUCAAUCCAUCAUCGUCGGAUAACGUCACCGGAGAGGCGCGACACCUGCCAUCUGCCGGCCGGUCCAUGAAUCAAUCGGUCGAAGCAACCGUCGAUGAAAUUGAGCGAUUCUGUGACCUCUUUCUCGCUAGCUACGAUAAGCUGCUGACCGAGGGACUGGCCGCCGGGAACGUAACCCAAGAUGCGGACAGCCUGGACGCUCCGCCAGCGACGGAUCACCUGCUGAUGUUUGGAGAGCACUUUUACUUCUUUGACUUUCUGCUCGCCGUAUCGGACGACAGCCGGAAGCACCGCAAGUUUCAGUUCGAUUUUGUGGCGUUUGACUUUAAAAACGUUUCACACCACCGCACGGCCGUGGUUUGGCGUCCGUUCCUCGUUCUACAGCAAAGCCAGCUGCAUCAGCAUCAGUUCAGUGUGCAUCCGGUACCGCCCGGGUAUGCCGAUUGGGUCGUCGAGGCAACGCUCGAAACGAGCUGGAUCUGUGGAGUGCUCUGCUGGGCCAUCGUCGGGCUGGUGGCUAUCACCGCUGUCGCCAUGAUCGUGGGCAGCAUCGUGUUCAGUAUCGCUGUGCGAAACUACAUCAUCAAAACGCGCCUCUCCAAGGGUCCGAACAAAAUCGUUCUCUCACCGUCGGAUUUUGUGUUUCCAGUUGACAUGCGAAGGGUUGACGAGGGUAUCGAGGCGAUGCUGUGCUGCUGGCUCCAACAGCUGCAGGAAUUCGGUGGUCCCGAGGUUGAGAAGCCCGAUCUGCUGAAGGGAUCGAUUGGGUCGCUCAAGAACCUGGGACUAACGGCUCCGACGAAACCAAGCUCGGGCAGCGAAACGUUAAUACGUCAUCAUACCGCUGCAAUCGAUCAUAAGGCACGUUAUAAUGGUGAUUUAGUGCAGUUGAAGGAAAUCCCAUCGAGCUCGGCAUCCCACGAACUGAAAACGAAGGCAAUGGACCUGCUCGUGAUGGCGCACAGUUUACGACACGAAAACAUAAAUCCUCUAAUCGGCUGGCUAAAUGAACCGACCCGAACCGCACUGGUGUUUGAGCACUGUUCGCGCGGCUCGCUGCAGGAUGUGCUCAUAAUGGACGAGAUAAAACUGGACUGGUCGUUCCGGUUAAGCCUGCUGACGGAUCUGGUUCGUGGGAUGCGGUACCUGCAUGCCUCCCCGCUGCGUGUGCACGGAUCCCUUUCGUCGCGCAACUGUGUCGUGGACGCCCGGUGGGUGCUGAAGAUUACCGACUACGGCAUGUUAAGCUUCUACGAAGCCCAAGGCAUUGCACCGGCACCGCGGGGCGCCAAGGAGCUGCUCUGGACGGCCCCGGAAGCGUUGCGCGAAUCCAAAACCUACCCAAAGGCGGGCACUCAACCGGCCGAUGUGUACGCGUUCGGCAUCAUCAUGCAGGAGGUGGUGGUGCGGGGGGAGCCGUACUGUAUGCUUUCCCUAUCGCCGGACGAAAUCAUUGCAAAAAUCAAGAAACCACCCCCGCUAAUACGGCCCUCGGUGUCGAAGGGUGCGGCCCCGCCGGAAGCAAUCAACAUUAUGCGCCAGUGCUGGGCGGAAAAUCCUGAAAUGAGACCUGAUUUUGCAGCUAUCUGUGAGCGUUUCAAGCAAUUAAACCACGGGCGGAAGGUUAACUUUGUAGAUACGAUGUUUCAAAUGUUGGAAAAGUAUUCCAACAACCUCGAGGAGCUGAUACGUGAGCGAACGGAGCAGCUAGACAUUGAACGGAAAAAGACUGAACAAUUGCUGAAUAGAAUGUUGCCAAGUUCCGUUGCGGAAAAGCUCAAACUUGGGCUAGCUGUUGAGCCGGAAGAAUUCGCCGAGGUGACGAUCUAUUUCAGCGAUAUAGUGGGCUUCACGACGAUCGCGGCCCACUGCACACCGGUGCAGGUGGUCGAUCUGCUGAACGAUCUGUACACCUGCUUCGACGCCACUAUCAACGCGUACAACGUGUACAAGGUAGAGACGAUCGGCGACGCGUACAUGGUGGUCAGCGGUCUACCCGUCCGAACGCCCGACCAUGCCGAACAGAUCGCUACGAUGGCUUUGGAUCUUCUGUCGCAGAGUGGCCACUUCAAGGUUCGCCAUCUGCCUGGCGUUCCGCUGCAACUGCGCAUCGGACUGCACACCGGUCCCUGCUGUGCCGGUGUCGUCGGGCUAACGAUGCCCCGAUACUGUCUCUUCGGCGACACGGUCAACACGGCAUCCCGGAUGGAAUCAACAGGAUCGUCCUGGAGGAUUCACAUGUCCCAGCAGACGUGCAAUUUGCUCGAGAAAGCCGGCGGAUACGUAAUCGAGCCCCGGGGGCCUAUCGAAAUCAAGGGCAAAGGCAAAAUGCACACGUACUGGUUGCUGGGCAAAAAAGGGUUUGACAAGGCACUACCACCACCGCCACCGAUCGGGGAAUCGCACGGGCUCGACGUAGCGAUCCUGAAGCACUCGCUCUUCCAAUCGCAGCAGAACCAUACGAAAAUCAAUAACGCCUCCAUCCAGAGCAACACCUGCUCGACGGCGAACCACUCGUCCAGCCAUUCGCCGUCGGUCACGGGUGAAUCGAUCGAUGUGAAGGUGGAAAUAACGCCACCCGUUCCGCCCGGGCCGGAACAGCAACAGCCACCGGGCCACGAUACUGCCGUCCUCUCGACCUCCUUCUCCAUCGACUCGAGCUCGAGCAACAACACGUUCACGCUGAACCUUGGCGACUUUGUGCAGCCGAAGGCAACGCCACUGCCAAGCCCGCAAACACGCAAACUGUCCGAAGUCAUCGCCGACGGUUCGUUCCUGAAUGCGAACGCGAACUUUGACCGGCUCAACCCUUCCCCCACGUCCACCGCCAGCUCGACGCGGUUGUUCAAGCGCAUCGAGGAACUGAUCGACCUUAGCUCGCCCUACAACUACUACAAGUGUUUAAGCCCGAGCGAGAACAAUCUGUCGCAGUGUGCGGAGUCGCGCUACGGCAGCUACCAGUUGCGCUCGGACAGUUGCUCCAGCAAGCCGGGCUCCACGCGCUUCCUACGCCGCCAGUUCAGUCUCGACAAGGACGACGUCGGCCCGUCGUCGGGUGGAGCAACCAGUGCAGGUGCUACGAUGAGCCAGAAGGCGACGCUCGAUACCAUAUCAUCCAUAUCAGUCGAUCGGGAGCAGCUGGCCCGGAUGGGCACGCUCACCUCCAUUCCCUCGAUCAGCUCCACCAACUCCAGCUCGCUGCCGCUGGGUGGUGGUCAGAAGCAGCGAGGUCUCGCCAUGCACCGCCAACAGUCGGCCAGCGUUGCGCAGGAUCUCGAGAAGAUCGAGGAGAUCCCGCUGUCCCCACAGUCCUUCAUCAUCAAUCACACUGCCAGCAGCAGCACCUCGAGCCUGCAGUCGGAGAUCAACGAGCGGGGCCGAGCGUUCCGAAACGGUGGCGGACCAACCGAUCGGGCCCACAACGGCAAGGAGCUGCGGCUCAGUGUGGAGGCGCUCGGGCUUCGGUGA